AUGCAGGGUUUAGUCCAGCCAGCAGUGCCAUUGCAACAUUGAGGGGGGGUAGGCUUGUGAGCUUGUGAGGCUUUGACAUGCAUAUACACACAUGUGUUUUAUGUAGAUAAUAUUCAGAGUAAAGUUGGGCUGCACUGUUCAGUCGUUUUUUUUCUCUUAUCAGUCGGUUAGUGUGACACUAAGAAUAAGAAAAAAAGAAAGGUAGUUUUACACUUGAACUUGGAAAUCAAAUAAUACAUAAAAAUGGCAUUUCAAGAAUUAGUGGAAGGAGAGUGCGGAGGUCCCAACUCACUGAUGCGCCUUGCAUCACAUUAUAUGCAAGAUCAUGGAUUUAAAGAGGAAGGAAUUCGCCAUCCAUUUGAUCUAACAUCAGAAACUUUUGGAAAACCAGAUGCCGAUCAGUUUGUUCAGGAAUUUUUGCAGGAACCUGCAUGUCCACAGACAUUCCGAAUGGAGAACCUGUUGCAGGAGAUGCGAGAGAUUGAUCACACUAUUCAUCCUCCAGUAGCAGCCCCUCGGGUAGUUCAAGAAUUGACUCACUUGGAUGCAGCUUGGGAAGAUCUGUGCCUUAAAUCUAACAAGGAGUUUGAAGAACUUCAUGCAAAAGAUAUAUGGAAUACAGCUGUAGUACAACCUGCUCAGAAAGAAACCGCAAAGUUUUUUGAGUCUCACGACAUAGCGUCAAACUGGGCAGAAGAUUAUCAAGAAUGUAACAUAGACACUGUACAAGAUAUCAGUAAAGAUAUUGCUCAAACCAAAAAAGAUGAAGAUCCAAACUUUGCGCAUUCGAAGUUUAUGAAAUUUAUGAAACAAGAAGGUGGCAUUCCAAUAGAGAGCACUCAAUUAGCUGGUCUGGAUAGCGCAGAAUGGAUAGAACAGUAUCACACGGAAAACCAACAACAGAAAACAAAUGAUGGUACUACUGUUGACAAUGGUGAAGAAUAUUUAAACAAAGUGGAAGAGGAAUUAGGAGCAGCAGGUACUUGGGUAGACGAAUUUGUAAAAGAAAAUCCUUCUGCAGAUAAUUUAGAUGCAUUAUGGAAGCGGUUCCAAGACGAAUGGGACAAAAUAUCUAUGGAUGAUUCUUCCUCACAUCCGUGGGUAUCGGAGUUUGACACAUAUUACGAUCCAUUUAACAAGGAAUAUCAAUUUUGCGAGACAAAUCCCAUGAAGGACUUGUUGAAUAAUCUGGAAGAGGGCAAAAAACGAUUGGAAGCGGGAGAUUUACCGAGUGCGGUGCUGUGUUUCGAGGCGGCAGUUCAACAAGAUGAAAACAAUGCCGAAGCCUGGCUUCUUCUUGGCAAGACACAGGCUGAGAACGAGCAAGAUCCUUUGGCUAUAUCUGCCUUGAAUCGUUGCUUAUGUCUGGAACCCUCGAACGGCGUUGCUCUCAUGACGUUAGCCGCCUCUUAUGCGAACGAAUCGUAUCAUAAGCAAGCCUGUCUUACGUUAAAAGAAUGGUUACUGAAGAACGAAAAAUAUAAGCAUCUAGCAGAUACACAAUCUGCUUUAACCAAAGAGGAAGACAUAACUUUUAGCGUAUCCACUUUGUUAUAUGACAAAGUAUACGAUGAAGUGAAGAAUCUAUAUAUUCAAGCCGCAAGGAUGAAUCCGCGAAAUGAAAUAGAUGCGGAUGUACAGUGCGGACUAGGUGUGUUGUUCAACUUGUCCCACGAGUAUGACAAAGCUGUCGAUUGUUUCCAAGCGGCGUUACAAGUGCAUCCUGAUGAUCCCAGAUUAUGGAACAGACUCGGUGCCACUCUGGCUAAUGGUCAGCGAUCAGCGGAAGCUAUAAACGCGUACCAUCGUGCCUUAGAAUUAUCACCGGGAUUUAUUAGAGCGCGUUACAAUCUCGGCAUAUCUUGCAUCAAUCUUGAAGCAUAUAAAGAGGCGGGCGAGCAUUUUCUAACAGCCUUAAAUCAACAAGCCGCAGGAAAAGAUCCGCAAGCUAACAGUAUACCUCCGAAAGCUAUGUCAAAUACCAUUUGGUCAACAUUAAGAUUAGUUUUGUCAUUGAUGCAUAAACAUGAUUUGAUACAAGCCGUAGAGGAGAGGGAUCUGGCAACCUUAAAUAAAGAAUUUGAGAUCAUGUGAGUCAAACGCAAACACGUCGCAGUGAUCGCAUAAAGAUUUAUCGUUGUGUAGAUUAUUUGGGGUGUACAGGUAAUCAAUAAAAACAAUAGCAAACAUUUUUGUUUCACGAUAUUCUAGCACAAGUUGUGAUUAUCCAAAGUAUUUGAAAAUAUUUUCGAUAAUCAAACACAAAAUACGUAUAUGCAGAAUAUUUUCUCGAAGUUAUUGCGCUUUAUUUUAUAACAGUGACUUUUCACUAAUUUCAAGUUUUGAUGUUUCGAAUAUAUAUAUACGAAUUAUAUAUACAUAUAUAUAUAUAUAAUUUUGUUUUUGAGAAUAUAAAUGAUUGUAUAUUUAUGAUAAAAUCUCUUGAGUGUUAAAUAUAUAAGUUACGGUAUCUUUACAUACACAGAAUUUUUCAAGGGGAUAAAACAUGUUAUAUUCAAAAUUUGUUACUAUUUUUAUUUAUACGUUUAAUGUCAUUGUUUUUGUAAUUAUGAGAG